AUUUAUUUUUGGUCAUUUUUAUUCAUAUUUCUGUUUUUUCUUUAGGGAAGAGAAAAUGGUUUGUUUGCCUUUGCCAUGGUCAUCUCUGAAGAAACACAAAACCUAAAACCCCAUCAGCAUUUUACAAAGCCUUAAACCUCCAAGAACCUCAACAAUGGCGACCACCACUAAACUCCUUCAACUCCGCCCAAAACUCAAACUUUUCCCUGAAUCAAAACCAAUGUUCUUCUCUUCUUCUUCUUCUUCUUCUUCUUCUUCCACAUCAAAUCCCAAUCCCGAACACACCGAAAACCCUCCAUCAGAACCCCAACAAACACCUACACUUAAACCCCACUCUUUUUCAUCUAUCGCCAAUAAUACCCAGAACCCAUCUUCAGAAGAUUCAGCUUUUGACCAAGUUAGAAAAAGCCUUGCAGAAUUCCGCAUCCGUGCUGGUUCAGUACCAUCACCAUCACCAUCACCAUCAUCGCCGUCAUUUCAAGAACUAUUUAAAAGAAGUGUUAAUAAUAUCAGGUCUGAGGCUGCAGCGAACCUGAGACCACCCUCAAAUGGAAACUUUGACUUCAAUGCGCUUCGUGCAAACCUGGGUGACAACAACAACAGACAGAAUGAGAAUAGAGGGAAUUUGUAUGAUCCGUUAUCACUUUCGCGAUAUAAGGAUACUUUAAAGUUGAGACCUGAUAUGGGUAAUGAUGUGAAAGGAUCGGGAAUGGUGAUUGGUGGGAGUGGAAAUUUGCCUGCAUCUAUUUUCGGGAAGGAGAUGAUGGUGAGGGAUAAAGAGGGUGGUGAUAAGGAAGGGAUGAAGGAGUUUGUUAGGAGUUAUACUCAUGCUGAAUUAGGGGAGAAGUUGAAAAUGUUGAGGCCGAUAAAGAAGGAGGAGAAGGGUUGGUUUUCGUGGCAUGAGUUGAACGACAGAUUGAUGAAGGUGAGGGAGAUUGAGGUGAAAGAGAGCAAGGCGAAGGCAGCUGGUGACGUGUAUAGGGAAUUGAAAGAGACUCUUUAUAAAUUGACUCAAGAUGGUGAUCUAAAGGCUAAGAAGACGACAAUGAUUCAGAGGCUUGAUGUCUUGGGCCAGCUGGGUGGUACUCCAAGCUUUAUGUUGCAUCCACCAAAAGAACACUUGGUUGAAAAGUUUUUUCACCCAGAUAACAUGUCAUCUGGGGAAAAAAUGAAACUGGAGCUACAAAAAGUGAGAGAUGAAUUUAAAAUGUCAGAGUCGGAUUGUGGAUCUGCUCGUGUUCAAGUGGCUCAGCUUACAACAAAAAUAAAGCACCUAUCUACCGUUCUUCACAAAAAGGAUAAGCACUCUCGUAAGGGUCUACAACAAAUGGUUCAAAAUAGGAAGAAGUUAUUGAAGUAUCUGCGAAGGACAGAUUGGGACUCUUACUGCCUCGUUCUUUCUAAGCUUGGCCUCCGAGAUAACCCAGAUUACAAGUUCUAGACCAGCAUGGAUCACACAUUACUUGAAUGCAGAAAUCCAAGUUUUGCUUUGGCAGAUUGCUGGGAAUCUUUUCCGUACCAAAACUUCUCUCGUUUGCAGGGAGAGGUGUUGAGGGGGAUGGACUUUUGUUGUUGGUUCAUUGCCUCCUCAUAACUGGUCUUUCAAAGGAGAGCCAAAUGUAGGAACUUAAAUGUUUUUUCUUCAAAUUAUAACGACAGUGUCUAGAAUAACUUGCACGCACCACGACGUGUAUGUAACUCUGUGCACCCAUUUUUACCUUGUGAUAGUUUGAGGAGUGAAAGUCGACAAGUGACUCAGUAAUUGGUCUUCAAGAACCACAAUAUCUUUUCUUGUUUGAAUUGUAGUUGAACGUUGGCAAGGCGUUGAUUGAUUAUUCUUUGCUUCAA